GCCAUGGCUACUUCCUUCCUGCAGAGCUCUUCUUCCACCUACGGGGGUGGCUUUGGGGGUGGUGGAAGCAGCAGCUCUCGCCUUUCCUCCGUCCGCAUAGGAGGCACCUGCAGAGCUCCAAGCAUACAUGGAGGGUCUGGUGGCAGGGGUGUCUCCAUCUCUUCAGCUAGGUAUGUCUCCUCCGCAGGAGGUGGAUAUGGUGGUGGCUUCUCUUCUGGGUUUGGUGGUGGUUAUGGAGGAGGCUACAGUGGCUUUGGAGGUGGUGCAGCCUGUGGCUUCGGUGGAGGGGCUGGCUUUGGUGGGGGCUUUGAGCUUGGUGGGGGCUUUGGUGGCGGUGACGGCCUUCUCUCCGGAAACGAAAAGAUAACUAUGCAGAACCUGAAUGACCGUCUGGCUUCGUACCUGAACAAGGUACGAGCCCUGGAAGAGGCAAAUUCUGAUUUAGAAGUUAAAAUCCGAGACUGGUAUCAGAAGCAAGCUCCCACCAGCCCAGCCCGGGACUACAGUCACUAUCACAAGACCAUUGAAGAUCUCCAAGACAAGAUCCUUGCAGCUACUAUUGACAACUCCAGAGUCGUUCUGGAGAUUGACAACGCCAGGCUGGCUGCAGAUGACUUCAGACUGAAAUAUGAGAACGAGUUGUUCCUGCGCCAGAGCGUGGAGUCCGACAUCAACGGCCUGCGCAGGGUCCUGGACGAGCUGACCCUGGCCACGGCUGACCUGGAGAUGCAGAUUGAGACACUCAAGGAGGAGCUGGCCUACCUCAAGAAGAACCACGAGGAGGAAAUGAAAGAGUUCUCAAACCAGCUCAGUGGAACAGUCAACGUGGAAGUGGAUGCAGCUCCUGGCAUCGACCUGACUAGAAUUCUCUCUGAGAUGAGGGCCCAGUAUGAAGCUCUGGCCGAGAAGAACCGCAAGGACGCCGAGGCCUGGUUCUUCACACAGACUGAUGAGCUGAACCGUGAAGUAGCCACCCACACACAGGAGAUACAGACUGGCAAGUCGGAGAUCACCGAGCUGAGGCGCACGGUCCAGGGCCUGGAGAUCGAGCUCCAGUCGCAGCUCAGCAUGAAAGCCGGGCUGGAAGCCAACCUGCGGGACACGGAGGGUCGCUACUGCGCGCAGCUGGCCCAGAUCCAGGCCCUCAUCACCAGCGUGGAGGAGCAGCUGGCCGAGCUGCGCUGCGACAUGGAGCGCCAGAACCAGGAGUACAGGAUGCUCAUGGACAUCAAGACCCGCCUGGAGCAGGAGAUCGCCACGUACCGCCAGCUGCUGGAGGGCCAGGACGCUCAGCUGUCAGGAGUGAUCCCUAAGGAUGCAAUUCUGAGCAGUGGAAGAUCUCGUUCAGGCCUAGAAGAUGACGGAAAAUCUGCUUCUACUCGCGAGAGAAGGUUCUAA